AUGACUGAAUAUCGGUUGCCCCUCCAUCAAGGGCCCCCUAGCCGGAAGCCUCUCGUUGGUGCCCAGCAUGCAUAUGGAUAUCAGCCCUACGACGCCCCGCGCGCCCAACCCCAACUUGCGCCUCAUCUAGCAGGUCCUCAGACUACGCACAGUCGGACUCGAACCACAUCCUCUACGGUGCUGCCCUACGCUGGCGGAUCCCAAUACUAUCACAACGCUCCUCCGCCGCCUCCCAUCCCCCAAACCAUGAACCUUCCUCACCACCAAUCCUCUAGACGCCUGUCUAGUACCACAACAUCGACUUCCUCUACCGGCAACCAUCCGAUCGGACACGCGGGGCAAGCUGUUUCUGACAUUCGCCGAACCGCAUCCUCUCGCUCCGCCAACUCCCAGCUUGGAUAUGUCGCCCUCAUGCGCCGGCAAAAGGCUACUGUGUGGUGCGACCGAGCGCAACCCGAGGAUGCUAGAUUGCGCGAACAAAUUCUGCGGGACAAGAAGAGAGCAUACCUUGAGGUUCAUGGAUCAGGCGCUGGCCGAGCAGGAACUCUGGGUAGUGGCAAGAUCCGACAUGGUCCGAAGGGUGUAUCUGAGUUCUCGCCCUCCAAUCUCGUGGGCGCCAAGGUUCCAGUCCGACUGAGUGCGAACGAGGUUGGUGAUGGCGAUGACGACGCUUGCAGUACUGAUGGCGCAAUGCACAAACGCACCGGCAGCGGUCGAAGCUCUCUGGGAAGCGCCCAUCGUUACCCGAGCGGCUACUCCCGUCCACAUGGGACAAUGGGCAGCAACAGCACACCUCCGAAUGAGAAGACAGAUCUACCGGAGGUGUCCGAGAAUACGCCCGCGGAGCUUCAAGCAGAAGAAAAGAGCCGGGUUUCGUCUAUUGUCAAAGACGAUAGCGCGACAACACAUAGCAGCGAGCAUGAGCGAGACGACAUUGUCGGUGACAUGCAAGCCCCAAGUGCUGCUAUUUCCGCAACCGAGAAAGCCAAACGGGCAGCCGAAUUGCGACGACGAGGAAGUGUAGACGAGCGCACUACCUCCAUGACUAAUGUGCGACUCUUCGUCGCCAAUCCCGACUCUGACAGCGACUGA